CUUUCAGACAGGAAAUGGAUGUGCCUGAAAUGUGAGUGUCUCGCCGAAAUAAGCAAGGUGAUAAAUAACUUCUAUCUCCUCAAAGUGUGCUUCACCAUGAGAUGACAUUGCAGUGACCUAGGUACAUUUAAGUACGGGUACAUUCCAAAAUGGAGGCUGGGGCGACAGCCGGGGGAUCCUCGGCUAACGUCCAGUCACCGCCAGCAUCUGCUGCGGCGACAGCGGCCAAGUCACUGCUCUAUCACGACUACGCCAAUGACUCAAAGCUGUCCAUCUCUCUACGUCGCUACAAACUGAAGGACCAAGUUGUGUGUCCCAACUGUGGUCAAUUCCACGAGCCCCAUGGAACUCACUUGUAUGACUACCACCAAGCAGUGGACGAGGACCUCAUGUGUCAGAUCUGCCUCCAGCCGCUGGUCAAUCCACUGGACACUCGUUGUGGCCAUACUUUCUGUUCACGAUGCCUACACAACUACCUCAAGAUCCAGAGCCAGUGCCCCGUCGACCGGCAGCGCCUUGACGACAUCGACAUACAGCAGUCCAGCAUACUUGUCAGGAGGUUGUUGGACAAGUUAUUGGUGGUGUGCCCCAAUGUUGACUACUGUGAGGAGGUUCUGCCGCGCUCAGAACUGGAGGCCCAUCUACUUCACAGAUGUCGCGGUGCUGUUACCAGGUGUAUCAAGUCUAGUCUGGGCUGUACAUUCCAGGGUCCCAGAAGUGCCCUACAGAGCCACCUAUGGGAAUGUCCCUACAGGGACCAAGAUGGGGGCAAGAAUCCGGUGAUGGAUGGUGAAGUGUCCACCAUAGAAAUCCAGCGCACGCAGGCCGACCUGGGCAUCAGUGUGGUGGGUGGCUGUGACACGCCCCUGGCCUGCAUUGUGAUACAAGAGAUAUUCCCGGAUGGCGUCAUCGCUAAGGACAGCAGGCUGUUGCCAGGUGACCAAAUACUGGAGGUGAAUGGAGAAGAUUUGACACAAGCAACACAUUACCAGGCUCAGCAACUUUUAGGCCAGUAUUACCCUGUCUGUAGGCUGACGGUGUAUAGGGAGAAAGCUGAGGAGAGUCGUCCUAUAGAGAAGGAAGAAAUCCUUAAAAUUACACUAAACAAAGUCAAGGGCAGACAACUUGGUAUCAAACUAGUAGGCAAAAGAAGUGGCCCUGGUGUUUAUAUAUUAAGUCUGGAAGGGAAAAUUUAUACGCAGUGUAGAAUUAUAGUGAAAAGCAAGGGAGAUAACUCAUUGUGUUUCAGAAUGUGCCAGACACUGAAGACUGUGACACUGUUGCGGAGUCCGAGUGGCUCCCUUGGGUUCUCUGUGGUGGGCGGGGUCGACAGCGAGAAGGGGAUUCCCCCCUACCCUGUGUAUGUUAAAUCUGUCGUCCUGGACACACCAGCUGCCAAGGAUGGACGCCUAAAGUGUGGUGACAUUUUACUCAGUGUGAAUGAAGACAGUCUGCAGAGUGUAACACACACCAAGGCUGUCGACUUACUCAAGAUGGCCGACGGCGCAGUGUCAUUAACAGUUGUGUCUUGGCCUGGUACCAUUGUAUGAUGGACACUGUAUAGGCUAUCAGGUUAAACAUUUGUGAUGGUCAGUAUAUUUAUAUAUGUACUGGUCAAUUUUUUUACAGCAACUGAAGAGACAAUUUCAUAAAACAUUAAGGGAUUGGUCAUCAUAUAAAUUCUGGGUGGUCAUACUGACCAAAUCAUUCCAAAAACAUUAUUUUCCUGAUGAAGUCUUAAACCAUUCCCUUGUAUCAAUGAACCGGUCAGCUUUGAUGGUUGUGGGACUCCCAGAGUGUGAGAAUAACGAGGCAUCAUUCCCAUUGCAUGUAGAGCAUAGGAGGUCACCUCCUGUCCAUUCCUCUGGUCACUACAAGAACCAUAGAAGUGUUUGACCAUCAUGAAAUCUUCCUGUACGACUCUGUACAGCUGUUUAAGAAGGAUCGUUUGUAUUUUUCUACUGUAUUUAUUAGCUGUAUAACUGCACUAGGUCUUUCUCUUCUUGUGUUUCUCCUAUUUAUAGCCUUAGAGCUGGGCACUGUACCAUAAUACAACACGUCUCUCAUUUAUUCCCUAAGAAUAACAUAUUGCAAUAAUUAUACAUUUGCAAAAAUAUUUAUUUUCCUAUUGAAAUAGGAAGUAAAAAUUCAGUUUCAUAUGUAACAAAAAUUGCAAAUUGUUUCCAAACACAAAAUAUUUGCUCACUAAUGCUGAACAGUAUUCAAAUUUGUAUUGUUACAAAUUCUUCUCAGUGUAUGGUCACAUGACAUUGUGAAAUGGGAGUAAUAUUUGGUACCGUAAUUCUUCUCAGAAUACACCAACUUUUUAUAUGGAAAAUAAAUCUCUGAUACGCCCCUGCAUCUUCUGUACUUACUCAGAGAUUGUGUGAUACAAGAUGUGUAUUUUAUACUGGGAGAAUUACGGUAACAAGAAAACUAAACCGGUAACAUGGAAUUCCUUUCCUAAAGACACAAGAUCUUGUUAAAUUAAUUUAUAGUAUUUAGAUAAGUCACCUAUGGUAUGUGUGCAAUCAUUUUUAAACAGUCUUAUCAAUCAGAAAUGUUCUUUGUUGAAUUACCACACAAAUUCUAAUGGUUGUGGUUGGAAGUUUUUCUGGAAUGUCUGAGGAGUCACCAGGGCUCCAAUUCACGAAACCAUUCUGAUGUUCAAACUCAUAUUCUUUGGCAAAGUAUAAUUCCUUGUAUUUCGUGAUUAGAUAUUCAAGUUUUACAUGUUUUCAAUGAUCUGGAGAAACUUUGAAAAAAUUUCAAGCUGAUUACCAUUGUCCAAGUUAAAACCUUACAUAUUGACUGCGAGUCACAAGAAAACAACCAAGUUAGUAUGAGAAUGAUUUCAACCAGCAUUCUUCACUAAAUGUUUUACUUUUACUGGGGAGAAAUUUUAGCCAAGACAGCAUUGUGAAAUCCUAGCCUUACAUUAUGUAAUGCUUGUCUUUACUCAUACAUAGAAACAAGGAUUUUAUUCUGGUAAAAAGGUAGCUCAAGGUUGUGGGAGCAAAACAGAGUUCCAGAAACUUCCAGUACAACACCACCAUUGAUGUGGCUCUUUAGCAUAUGCGGACAUUGAGGUUUGAUAAUUCUGUCUUCUUGUAUGCAUAAUAAUUCUUGUAAUAUUUUACAAACAUGAUAAGUGUUUUUUUGAGACUGAUAAAGCCAGUUCUGUAUCCAUUCUAUGCAUAAAACAAAUCAUAUACAUAUUGCUAUAUUUUAUUCACUUUCCAUAUAAGAUAAAAACUAUAGACUAUUUUGAUAUACUCUGUAUGAUAGCAAAAUUCAUAAGACGUUAUACAACUAUUUCGGUUUCGUUUAUAAUUACGCCAUAAGCAGAUAACUAUACUUCAGUAUAUUUUAUUUUUAUUAUUACGCAGACAACUUUACUUUCUGUUUAUGAUUUUCAUGAUUAUGCAGACAACUAUACUGUUUGUUUAUGAUUUUCAUGAUUAUGCAGACAACUAUACUGUUUGUUUAUGAUUUUCAUGAUUAUGCAGACAACUAUACUGUUUGUUUAUGAUUUUCAUGAUUAUGCAGACAACUAUACUGUUUGUUUAUGAUUUUCAUGAUUAUGCAGACAACUAUACUGUUUGUUUAUGAUUUUCAUGAUUAUGCAGACAACUAUACUGUUUGUUUAUGAUUUUCAUGAUUAUGCAGACAACUAUACUGUUUGUUUAUGAUUUUCAUGAUUAUGCAGACAACUAUACUGUUUGUUUAUGAUUUUCAUGAUUAUGCAGACAACUAUACUGUUUGUUUAUGAUUUUCAUGAUUAUGCAGACAACUAUACUGUUUGUUUAUGAUUUUCAUGAUUAUGUAGACUACUAUGCUUCAGUAUAUUUAAUUUCGUUAUUACGCAAACAACUAUACUACCUGUUUUAUAUGAUUUUAACAAUUAAGCCGACACAAUACUUCCAGUUUAUAUAUUUUCUCAUGAUUACACAAACAACUUUACCUCCUGGUUUAUAUGGUGUUCACGAUUACGCAGACAAAAAAAUAUUCCGGUUGAUGAAUAUUUUUUUCUAAUUACGUAGACAAGUAUGCUUAUUGUUUUUCAUGAUUUUCACAAUCACACAGUCAAGUAUAAUUCCUGAUUGUAUAAUUUUUUUCACGAUUACGCAGACAACUAUACUUCACUUUGUAUGAUUCUCACGAUUACGCAGACAAGUACCAGACAUACUUGCUGAUCGUAUGAUUUUCACGAUUACGCAGACACUAUACUUACACUUUAUAUGAUUUUCCCGACUACACAGACACUAUACUUCCACUUUAUAUGAUUUUCACGAUUACGUAGACAAGUAUACUUAUUGUUUUUCAUGGUUUUUACAAUCACACAGUCAAGUAUAAUUCCUGAUUGUAUAUUUUUUCAUGAUUACGCAGACAACUAUGCUUUAUUUGAUUUUCACGAUUACGCAGACAAGUACCAGAUAUACUUACUGAUCGUAUGAUUUUCACAAUUACCCAGACAGCUAUACUUCCUGUUAAUACAAUUCAUGUUGCUGCAUACAUGUAGUAAGGUCAGUAGCAUUACUAUGUAUGUUAUGAGAUUGGCCUACACAGACACACUGCAGUUUAUAUUUGAAGUUUACAUAUUUUGUACAAAAAAUGGUUGUUAAUCAGAGAUUCAUCCUAUUAAAAGGGUUAGUGAAACUACAUGUAUAUUGUCAUUUCCCGUCAAAUCACACUUUGGUGUAUAUUUUACAAAGCCAGAUAUACAGUAAAACCUCCAUAUAACGAUCGUCAAACCUCUUUAUAAUGAUCGCCUUUAAUUUAUAAUCUGGCUUACUGUCAACUCAUUUCAAUGUCAUUUUUUUUUUUCGUUUUUCUUCAAAACUCAUUUAAUGAUCUCCUUUGAAAUUUCGCCAAACCCCUUUUUAAUGCCAAAAUUUGACUUGACUGUUGGCAGUAUAACGAGGUUUUGCUGUAUGUGUUAUCACACUUUAAGGAAACUUCUUUCCUAUUCAAUGACACAACUCAUUGAGCUGAUUUUGUUUUUGGGACGUGGCACCCAUUUAUUUAUAAAGAUUGCACAUAUGAUAAGAUAUUUUGUAUAAAUAUACACUGUAUAUGUACAAUAAUGCAAUUAUACCUGUGAAGCUUGUUUUUAUUCUUCUAAAUGUGUUAAUAUUAAUUAAAUGCAGAUGAUUUUAAGAUAUGGUAUUUUUCAAGCCAUUCAUUAGUAUUUUCCCGAAGCAUGCUUUUACAUUUGUUUGCUAUAUAGCACCACAAACGCAGUAUGAGUUAUGAUUAUUCAGAUAGUACUACACUUGAUGAAUGCCCCAGUCAUCUAAAUGUUGUAAAGUAAAACACUGAUUUAUAAAUUAUAUUACCCAUUACAUUACAUAAGAUUUACUGAUGCUGCAUGGUUCAAGUUCUUAUAUACCAUACUCCACCUAAUAAUUGCCCUAGGUGCUUAGCAGUUCGAAAAAAAAUCAGAAUUAUUCCGACCCCUCCAAAAAGACCUGAUAAGCUCAACAAUUUAGAAAAUUCAGAACAAUCAGGACCUUCCAAAAUAUCCUAAUAUUAAAAUAAGUGCCCUAGGUGCUGAGCAAUAUGGAAAAUUCAGAAUAAUUCAGACCCUUCAAAAAAUGCCUAAUAAGUGCCCUAGGUGCUGAGCAAUAUGGAAAAUUCAGAAUAAUUCAGAAACUUCAAAAAAUGCUUAAUAAGCACUUGGUAAGUUAUGGUAAAAGGAUGGGACGGUCGGUUAAGGGACAAGUAGGGAAUGGGGGCUAGCCAUUUUGGUAGAAUACGCUAAUUCAAAUCUGUGAGCAAAUUGUGUGGAUGUUGAUGUCGAGUGGAGUGUGAUAUAGAGCAGAGGUGCUAUUACAUUAAAUACGGUAAAUUUAAUGUCAGUCAGUUAUUGGAUAUUUAAGGUAAAUUAAUGAAGUCCAGUUCUAUUUCUACAAAGUUAAUAAUGGAGAUUUACAGAUACAUGUAUAUCUAGUCAUUGUUUGAUUGUGUUGUGAAUUUAAAUACAUGUGGGAUGAUGUUUGAAAAGUGUGAGAUAUCAGCUGUUUGUAAUGAUUCCUAACGGGUAAAAGUAUAAAGUCAACAUUCCAAGUUUGUGUUAUAGUAGUAAGUCCACAGUUUUCAUAUAUACAUACCUGAUAAAAGUUACUUAGGUUUGACGAUGUAAACAAUACAAUAUCUCAUACUCGUGUGAUAGGAGGAUUUGAUUCUUGUGUGAGAGGGAACAUGAUAUCUCACACUUGUGUGAGAGGGACUUUUGAUAAUGUACAUGAUAUCUCACACUUGUGUGUGAGGGACUUUUGAUAAGUCACAUGAUAUCUCACACUUGUGUGUGAGGGACUUUUGAUAAGUCACAUGAUAUCUCACACUUGUGUGAUAGGGUCUUUUGAUAAGGUACAUGCUAUUUCACACUUGUGUGAGAGGGACUUCUGAUAAGGUACAUGCUAUUUCACACUUGUGUGAGAGGGACUUUUGAUACGAUACAUGAUUUAUCACACUUGUGCGAGAGGGAAUUUUGAUACGGUACAUGAUUUCUCACACUUGUGUGAUAGGGACUUUUGAUAAGGUACAUGAUGUCUCACACUUGUGUGAGAGGGACUAUUGAUAAGGUACAUGAUAUCUCAUACUUGUGUGAGAGGGACUUUUGAUACGAUACAUGAUUUCUCACACUUGUGCGAGAGGGAAUUUUGAUACGGUACAUGAUUUAUCACACUUGUGUGAGAGGGACUUUUGAUACGAUACAUGCUUUCUCACACUUGUGUGAGAGGGACCUUUGAUAAGGUACAUGAUAUCUCCCACUUGUGUGAGAGGGACUUUUGAUAGGGUACAUGAUAUCUCACACUUGUGUGAGAGGGUCUUUUGAUAAGGUACAUGAUAUCGCACACUUGUGUAAGAGGGACUUUUGAUAAGGUACAUCAUAUCUCACACUAGUGUGAGAGGGACUUUUGAUAAGUCACAUGC